AUGACUCAAGUUGUACCUGAACAUCUAGCUCGUGCUAAGCUCAGUAAUAAUGUAAAUAAUAAUAAUAAUAAUACGCGAAAAGAAACUAAUAGUACUUAUAAAAAUCGAUCACACCGUUCAAUUCCUGCUACAUCAAGUUCAAUAUCGGUCACAUGCGAUACAGAUACACCUUUAAAAUCAUCUAAUAUUUCACAUCAACAAUCAUCAUCAUCGCCAUCAUCAUCAUCGAAAAAACCUUUUUCGAUAACAAAAAAUCAUAUAAGUACAUCGUAUUCAUCGUCAGUUUUAAUGAAUGCAACUGUUCAUUCUUCUCCAACAUUAUCUCGUAAUCAUCGCCGAUAUGAAUCAAAUGGUAACAGUACAUCAUCAAUGGCAACUAGUUUAACAACAUCAUCUGGAAUAAAUAUCGCACGUGAGAAGCUAACAUUAACAUCGUCAAUAUCAACAAUUUCAAUAUCAAAUAAUAGACACAUAAGGAAAAGCACAGGAGAUGAAAGUGAAGGUGCUGUGGCUGGAACAAUUGUUUCAACGAAAAGUCUUUCGAACAAACAUAAAUCAAGUUCAUUAGAUGAUGAUAAUUAUAAUCAUCAUCAUCGUCAUCAACAUCAUCAGCGUAACAAUCGUACAAGUCAAAAUCGUAGAAUCGGAAGAAGUGUUCUCGAGCAUCUUGUUUUUGUCUUUCCUGAAAAUGUUCGCAGAAUACUAACAGGAACUAAAAAUUUAACCGUGCGUUCCGACGAAGGCCGCCAACCAGCUGAGCCCAUAGACCUCGGAGAACCACCAUCUGUGGAAGAAUUAAAGGGCUGGGCUGAAUCCUUUGAUAAACUAAUGAUUAGUCCUAUUGGUCGACGUUAUUUUCGUGAUUUUUUACGAUCCGAAUAUAGUGAAGAAAAUUUUCUAUUUUGGAUGUCCUGUGAAUCCCUUAAAAAUGAACAAAAUCCUGAAAUCAUAGAAGAAAAAGCAAGAUUAAUCUAUGAAGAUUAUAUAUCCAUAUUAUCUCCGAAAGAGGUAAGUUUGGAUAGUCGAGUGCGCGAAGUAAUCAAUAAAAAUAUGGUUGAACCAUCUCCUCAUACAUUCGACGAAGCCCAACUGCAAAUCUAUACUCUCAUGCAUCGUGACUCAUAUCCACGUUUUAUAAAUUCACAAAUGUACCGGCGACUACUACGUAUUGAAGGCGUGAACACUUGA